AUGCCAACCAUAUCUUCCACUCUCGACCAAGGAUCUCCUUCGUCCUCACAUCUUCACUAUCACCGCUCUCACCCUUCCCACUCUGCUCAUCAUCCCGACCCGGCCUACACCUCCCCGGUUGACCAACUCAUUGGUUCGAUCUCGAGACGCAAUCGUCGUUCCUUCGCUGCCCUCGCCCGCGAAAAGACCUCCAGCGCUCUCGCCAAUCUCUCCGCUAUCGGAGGUGCCACUACCAACUCCCCACUCCGUCCGUCCGCGUCGUCGGGGAGCUUGACCAAGCAUUCGCGUAAACCGUCCCAGAUCGGCUCUGGUGAGAUCUCAGGUGGAACGUCCUUUACCUCGCCAAUCUCCGACAGCCGCGCCAGCAUUGAACAUUCGACUGUCGUUCCUUUCGAAUCCGCGACCAGCUUCACGACCCCGGCCGUGGGUGAUCAAUUCGAUAGGCGCCGCCAAACCCUUCAGCAUAUCCCCUCCUCUCUCGACCCGAAAUCGCAAGUCGAUUCUACGCCCAAGAUGCAUCAGACCUCGUCACGCCUGUUGCGCAUGACAGAAGAUGAUCGCCCUUUCACUAAGGAUUUUAUGGACCUCUUCUCGACAUUGAUGGUUAGCUUGAAAUUGGACUCGCAUCGCGUACGGUUUACGAAAUAUGACCACUCGUUCACCUCCGAGGAGGCGAUCAAUAACCUCGGAUCCCUCAAAUUCUCCCAAUCGAAUCGGAUGCCGGAUCCGAAGGACCCCUCCCGCAUCGUGACCACUACGACUACGACCACGUUCUCAAUGGCGAAGGAGAUGGCCCGUUCCGUGUGUCAGCGCUUUGUCGACGCUCGUUUUAUCGAGUCGGUUGACGGCAAGGCGUCGGUCAUCUUCCCGCUGAAAGGGGCGCUGUUCCAGCUUACCCCGAAAGGCAUCAACAUCCUGCAACGAUUCUGCCAGCGAAAUGGAAUCACGGCGCGCCAUGUGAUCGACGUGUUGGAAUCGCCGCGGAACACCAUGCAACUGGUCAACCUGGAACGUGACUCCGAGACCGACAAGCUCUCGCAUGAUCGGGCAACGAUCGAGGUCAUUUUCCGUCGUUUCGCCGGCCAGGACGGACCCAAUGUCAAGAGUAGCACCUCGAGCUCCGAUUCGGACUCGUUGAGCGACUAUUCCAACGGGUUGGUAGGUGUCAAGAUGGCCAAGGAACGCAAGAUCAAUGAUCGGAUCGUUGCCAAUACCUUCCACGGGAAGGCUGCAGUUGAUUGGUUGAUGGAUUGCUCGACGACCAUCGAGCGCCGGGAAACCGUGCUGAUUGCGGAACUUUUUGUCAAAUAUGGGUUAAUUACCACGCUGCAAGAGGACAAGUCGAUUCCCUUGCCGGAUAACUCGAUUGUUGCCUUCCAGAACUCCAAGAACGCCAUUUACGGAAUUAGCGAACGCGGCCAGCGCGUAUGUGGGUGGAUCGCCAGGGAAAAGCCACGUGACACCACGACCUACGACAGCCGUGGUAUCCCGAGAGACUCCAACAAUGCGAGAUUGAACCACAUUCUUCAUGAUCCUGCCCUACGACUUUUGUUCCGUGAAUUCCUGCGCUUCUCGCUUUGCGAAGAGAAUCUGUCCUUUUAUCUGGACGUGUCUGAAUUUACCUCGACUUACCACAAGUCCGAAAAGGUCGGCACAUUCAAGAAAGCCGAUUCGGUCCGGGAGACACUGGCUGCAGCAUAUGGUCUUUACAAUGCCUUCUUGGCUCCUGGCUCGCCCUGCGAACUCAACAUCGAUCACGCAUUGCGCAACAGUCUGGCCGGCCGCAUGACCAAGGCCGUCGGCGAUGAUGAAUCGAUGCUCAAGAGUCUGCAGGAAGUGGUUCAUCUGUUUGAGAUGGCUCAGACCUCGGUCUUCAAGUUGAUGUCUAGCGACUCCGUGCCGAAGUUCCUGCGGGAUCCCAAGUAUGCCGUCGUUCUCCAAGAACACGACGUGGAUUUAAUAGGCGCUACGAGGUCGUACUCGCCGACUCAGGCGCCGAUUCCGGAACGCUCCAUGAGCCGGUCGGCGCGGCCUUAA